AUUUAUUGUAUGAUUUAUGCACCUCUGAAUUGAAAACCCAAAUUUUGCGUCCAUCAACGAGUCACGUGCUACCUGCAACUGUGCGUAGAAAGGAAAAAGACGCCCCCUCUUACCAUCACCUCCAACCCUUCUUUCACUCCUUUUCUCAGUCGUUAACAAAACCUCCGGAGGCAUGAGCAGGUUGAUUACAACAAAAAGGCUUGCUUCAAACAUAUUCACAUUCAAACAGGCUUCAAGAACAUUCUGCAAUGACGCAUCGGCAAAAUUAAACAAUGUUCCAUACGAAACCCAAUUUAACAAAGAAGAUGAAGGUGUUACAGAUGAUGUUCCUCAGCAUGACAUUGCUAUUGUUGGAGGUGGCAUGGUUGGAAUGGCCCUUGCUUGUUCACUAGCAAGUAUGCCAUUGACAAAACACUUGUCUAUUGCCAUAAUUGACAGCAAUCCUGCUUUGACAAAUAUGCCCUCCAUCAAGAAAGAUGACCCUCCAGAUCCAAGGGUCAGUACAGUCACACCUGCAACUAUAUCUCUUUUUAAAGGUAUUGGUGCUUGGGAAUUUGUUGAACAACAUCGACAUGCUUACUUUGAUAAAAUGCAGGUAUGGGAUUACACUGGGUUUGGGUUCACAAGGUACAAUGCAAGAGAUGCAGACAAAGAUGUUUUAGGAUGUGUUGUGGAGAACAAGGUGCUACAUAAAUCUUUAUUGUCAUGUUUGCAGAAGAAAGAUUUGAAGAAAACAAUCUAUCCUGCAAGAUUGUCAUCAAUGUCACUUCCAACCCGAUCAUCAGUUUCAAAUGGUUCAUCAAAGAGUCUUGGAAAUUUAGCAAAGUUGGAGUUGACUGAUGGCACAAAUGUCUAUGCUAAAUUGGUGGUCGGAUCAGACGGAAACAAAUCACGUGUCCGUGAAUUAUCUGGAAUCAAAACCACGGGAUGGAAUUACUCCCAAAGCGCCGUCAUCUGCACCGUCGAACACCCCUCCGAAAACUCCACCGCAUGGCAACGAUUCCUCCCCGCGGGCCCCAUCGCCCUUCUCCCAAUCGGCAACAAUUUUAGCAACAUCGUUUGGACCAUGUCUCCGAAAGACGCAUCAAAUCACAAAAUAAUGAACGAACACGAUUUCAUCAAAGCCGUAAACCACGCGCUCGAUUCCGGCCACGGUCCGCGACCGGAAUCGCAGAUUCUUGGCGGUGAUGUGAUUCCGUCGUUUUUCAAACCGAAUGUGACGUCGGCGGUGAACGAGGGAUUUGAGAUUCCGCCGAAAGUGGUGAAGGUGGUUUCUGAGCGGAUGGCGUUUCCGCUUUCUUUGAUGCAUGCGAAUGAUUAUGUGGCGAAACGUGUGGUUUUGAUUGGUGAUGCGGCGCAUACAGUUCACCCGUUGGCUGGUCAAGGGGUUAAUAUGGGGUAUGCUGAUGUGGCGGCGCUUUCGAAUGUGAUUGGUGAUGGUGUGGCGGUAGGGUCGGAUAUUGGUGAGGUAACUUUGCUGAAGAAAUAUGAAACUGAGAGAAAAACCGCAAAUAUAGCAAUGAUGGCAGUUUUGGAUGGUUUUCAGAAAGCUUACUCUGUUGACUUUGGACCACUUAAUAUAUUAAGAGCUGCUGCAUUCAAUGGCGCAAAUGUUUUUGCUCCAUUAAAAAGGAAUAUAAUCUCUUAUGCAUCAGGAGAACGUAGGCUACCUUUUCUCUCAUAAUGUAUUAAGUCUUUUUUUUUUUUUUUUUAAUAAAUGUAUCAUGUGUUUAUGUAAAACAUGCCC